AUGUCAACGAUAAUUGAUCGUUCGCCCAAGUUUACUCAAGAUGGUCAACGGAUCUUGCUAUGCUUUCAAAGAGACCAUACUACUCUAGAGAAGAUCCUGGCGACUGUGACUUCCCCUCUUUUCAUAUGGCGGUUCAUUCGAACCAUGUUCCUUGCGAAUGAUUCCGCGGAAUUCGAUGAGGCUCCUGAUCCUACUGUGAUUGUCCCUACUGGCUCAGUAGUUUAUGACAAGUUGCUGGAUGAGAUGCCAAUUGAGGCAUUGGAAAAAAGACGUCAAGAAGGAUUAGCGCGGAAACAAGCAUUGAAAGAGAAUGAAGCGAAAUGGAAAAUGGUUUCCACAAAAACACGAUCAGAAAGGUUGAAGGGGAUUGAUCAAAAACCGAAAUUCACAAGAGAUGGCGAAAGGAUCAUCUUGUUGCAACAAAGACGAAUGACAAGGCUCGAACGAAUCGCAACUGGUCUCACAAUACCUUUGAUGUUUUGCUACUCUUUGCUCAACUUGCGAAAACUUCAAAGUAGAUCCAAUUACGAUGCAAAGGACAUGAAUAAGAGCUGGAAGAACACGAUGAGGUAUCUAGAUGAUCCCACGUUCAUCAUUCCGACAGGUCCCAGUUACUACAAUGAUGGAGAACUAGUCGACUGGGAUGAAGUAGAGACAGGUGACGAGGAGCAGUGUGAUGUUGACAGCAUCUGA